ACAAGCAAUGACUAAAAGCUAAUAUGUUACUGAAUGUCGGUCACAUUGUUGCAGGAAACAGCGCCCCCUGCUGCGCAGACACGAAACAGCCCAAAGAUUCUGUCAAAAUAGAAUUUUUUUUUUUUCCUCCAAACGCAGUAGUGAAGACAAACAGGAAGUGAUUCAAAUCAGUUCUCAGUACUUUUUUUCCCCCUCCACUCUCUCUCAAAGUUCCUUAGGUGGAAGAACGACUCCUCACUGUCGCUCCUCGGGUGUCGUCGUGUUCAGUUUGCAGACUUUAAUCAAGUCAAUCUGCUUCUGGUGCGGCCGUCGCUCCUGUCGCCCUUCAUUCAUUCAUCGCAGGACGGAAAUCUGGAUUUGGUUGCAGCGCGCCCUGCAAGGUGAAUCUCUCUCACAGCCCACUUAUUCACCACAUAGUCUUCUCCGAAGUUUACCGUGGAAACACCGGUUGCAAGGUUUUGUGACAAUGGCUUCUGCGUGGCAAACCGUCCUGUCUGUGCACGACACAAUAGUGGAAAACGGAGACAAGAGGACAGACCAGUGGCUGCUGGUCUACUCCCCCGUCCCGAUCGCAAUCAUCUUCCUGGUGUACCUGUUUGUGGUCUGGGCCGGGCCUCGUCUGAUGAAACACAGAGAACCGUUUGACCUGAAAGCAGUGCUCAUUGCUUACAACUUCGCCAUGGUCGGCCUGUCGGCCUACAUGCUCUAUGAGUUCAUCGUCACAUCCUGGCUCUCGAACUACAGCUUCCUCUGUCAGCCUGUAGAUUACAGCACCAGCCCUCUGGCAAUGAGGAUGGCCGGAGCCUGCUGGUGGUUCUUCUUUUCCAAGGUCAUAGAGCUCUGUGACACGUUCUUCUUCAUCCUGAGGAAGAAGAACAGCCAGCUGACGUACCUUCACAUUUACCACCACGGACCCCUGAUGUUCAACUGGUGGGCAGGAAUCAAAUAUGUGGCCGGCGGACAGUCGUUUUUCAUCGGCCUGGUCAACACCUUCAUUCACCUUGUGAUGUAUUCUUACUACGGCCUGGCUGCCAUCGGCCCUCACAUGCAGAAGUACUUGUGGUGGAAGAGAUACCUCACCUCUCUGCAGCUGGUGCAGCUUUUUCUGUUCCUCCUGCACUCCGGCUACAACCUGUUCGCAGAGUGCGACUUCCCCGACUCCAUGAACUUGCUGGUGUUUACUUACUGCGUCGUCCUCGUCAUCCUCUUCAGCAACUUCUAUUAUCAGAGCUAUCUCAACAAGAAGAAGCAGAAAUAAGAGUACUGUCUUCUUGAGGGAGUUUUUUCUGUCUGCAGUACUCACUUAUGUCCACUAGAGGGAAGAACACACCCAUAGUCUGAAUGAUGUUCUCUUGAUGCUCGUCAUUAAGUGACAGACAUGUACAACUAAUGUGAACGAUUUGAGUUCAGUCUGCAUUUUCUUUGUAUUUUAUAUGAAGUGUCAAAUAUAUGGUUUAGAAAAAGACAUGAUCAUUCAAUUAUUUAUUUCUUAAAUUGAGAAAUGACAAACAUUCAAAUGAUUGUUGUAAACAAACUGUACAUUUUAUACAUAUAACAAUAAAGUAGGAUGCUUUUCUCUGCAUUAUUGCAGAAUUAAUGACUUCACACAUUCCUCCAGAGACAAAUUCCGCUCACAAAACAACAAAAAUUCAAACAUUUCUUUUCCACCGCUAUAACACUGCAAAAUGAUAUAUUCUUUUCUACGCUUCAGUCUAAAAUAGAUUGAAGGAUGUAGAUAAGAUAGGAGGGAGAGAGCAUGAAGUUUUGUAGUGUUUGAAAUGUAUAUAUUUAUGUUGAAAAACCUGCAUGUGUACAUGAGUUCUUGGUCAAUAAAUGUGAUUUUAAGUUUAAGAAAUAAAGUUUAUGGGUCUUUGAACAACU